AUGGAGUGGUUAACAAGCGCCAAGGGCCUGAAUGCCCGUCAGGAGCUGGAGGCAUCCGUUCGUGAGCACCACCCUAACUUGCGAGAUGAGGAGGUCGACCUCAUUGUGGACGGUUGUCUACUAUGCUUGGUUCGGGAGCGCGCGGCGGAGCAAGCACCUGCGAGUGGCCAGCAAGGAGGAACCGGUGAAGGAGGAGCUGUGCACGAGGCUCCAAGUGCUGUGGGCGUUGGUGGAGGAGCUCUUGCACCGACCAUUGACACGGGAAUGAUCGGGGCGAGCUACGGUCAAUUCAAGUUUCGAGUUGAACACAUCUCCGUGACGCCGCUACUGGAGGGAAGGCACGACCUUACUGCGAAGGGAGAUGAUGAGACGGCGGAAUCCUACUGCAAUAGGGCCUGCACCAUCCGAGCGGAGCUGCUAACCAUUGGACAGGAGGUCCACAUGGCCACGUUUGCCGCCCACGUGCUGAAGGGCCUACCACCGGAGUACGGAUUUCUUCGCCGCAACAAGCUGGAAAUUUCCAGCCCUGACAUGACGGUGGAAUGCGUGUGCAGCGAGGUGUUGAUGGAGGAGCAGACUCUCUCCAUCGAACAGAGAACGAAGGCCAACUUGGUCUCCCUUGGGCAGCUCUUGGGCAAGGGAGCAAAGCUGCGAACCGAGGAAGGUGUCACCCGCAUCAUCGCAUCAGGAGGUCAAGUGGCUGCAAAGGCACGAUAUCGCCAUCGCCUUUACUGCCUUGACCUGAAACCGGGGCCAGCAAGGAACGGUGCAACGGCUGCAGCGGCAUGCAACGGUACGGCGACUGCAGCGGCAUGCACCGAUAUGGCGGGUGGAGCGGCGAGAAACAGCACAGGGGCUGCAUCUGCAUGCAACGGCAGGGCGGCUGCGGCGGCAUGCAACGGCAUGGUGGCUGCAGCAAUAUGCAGCAAUACGGCAGCUAUAGCGGCAUGCAAUGGCACGGCGGCUGAGGUGGCAUGCAACGGUAUGCCUAAGGCAUUUACUGAGGUGGUAUCAAGCACGCCGGAAGCGAAUGACGAAGCGGCCAGCCUCACAACAUAUGCGGUGGGGACUGAGGCGAUGCUCAACCUGUGGCGCACUCACUUUGAGAAUGACCAUGCUGGUGCGGUGCAGUGGACAGCCACAAACAGUGGCAUGCUAGGCAUGGACCUAGAGAAAGGAGGGGAGGAGACGUCGAGCGCCUCCUCCCAAGAAGCCAAACUCACUCGUCAAAUGCUUCUACUGCCUGACGAGCGAGAGGGGGAGGUUCUUGGGAUGGUCCAUGGCCCUGAGCACAAUCAGCCGCCGUCAUGUACCAUCAUCAUAAUCCCAGUGCCGUCCGUGCAAGGGGGCAAACAACCAUCUGAUCGUUCGGUUGACCCUGCGGGCAGCAACGCAACCAUAGCUCCACUAGCUCUCUGUCCAUCCUUAGUUGCUGGCUUGGCACCUGUGGGACCAAAGGUUGGUGCAGCUGAUGAAGACAAGGAAGGAGAGGCAGCGGACCUGAAAUUGGCGACAACCCAUGGGAAGGACCCCAUACCCACGGUUCCGCCCCUCCAACCCACUCCCCCACCCCCAUGUCAUUCUAGCAGGUCCAACAAGGGUAUGCCACCUGUUCGGCUUCCCGCAUCCACCAUGACGGCCCUGGAUGCGGUUGAUGGCAACAACAUGUACGGCAUUGCAUUCCUUGCUCGAGGUGCUUAUGGCACGAACAUCUACUAUGAUGUGGAGUACUUGGAUGAGGGUGAUGAGGAGGAAGGGGGGUUGAGGAGCGUCAUCAUCAACCUUGGAGCAACCUUGACCGGACCUGAAGGCAAGGUGGUGGACAAAGGUCUCGUCGUGGUGGAAUAUAUGUCAUUCACGGAAGGCUAUCUUGGUCUGCAGAUUGUGCGCGACCGCCCCAACAAGACACUCCUCCUGCACGAGAAUGCAUAUGUGGCGAAGGUGCAGCAGCGGUUCUUCAAGGGGGCGCCACUGAAGAAGCAGCCGAUCACCCCUCUCUCAUCUACCAGCUUUGUCAUGGAGGAUGCUGAGUUGUUUGCCGAUCGCACCAUGACCGACCGCCUUGCAGCAGGUGCACACCUCAGGACGAAUGCGCAUUGGCAUUAG